AGCUGAUGCGUUUUCCAUUCUGCGUCCCUGCGGUUUCAGGUGCAGAGUCCCGCCCCUCAUUUCUGCAAUGUGACGCUAGUCUCUCACUCAGUGCUCCACAGUCUUGCCUGGUCACCGGGAAAAGCGUUUGGAAGGCCGCUUUAAUAGUCAUUCAGUCUGUAGUGCGCAUGCGCGGCGCUGCAGCGAUGUUUCCGCGUUGAUUGAAGAGCCGAGGGGAUCGAGAGAGUGGGAGAGAGGAUAGAGGGAAUUCGAGACGCAGCGGGACGCCGAGUCAGAAUAAACGGACACCCCACAAACGGUACUAAAAAACAACAACAAUCAAAUCAACGUUCAAACCCGAAGCCUUGAGCCAUGGAGGACACUGCGAACACUUUUAAAAUGUGAGGUUUAAAGAGACGUGCUGCAGAAACGAGCGAGAGCGGCUUCCCCCCUCAGCAUCCACGGCUGAUCUCGACUCGGGUGCUCCCGUCCCCCUCCGUCACUCGCACUGGGGGGAAAAUGAAGAAGUUUAAUAUCCGUAAGGUGCUGGACGGCUUGACGGCCGUGUCGUCCCCUUCUCCAUCCUCUCAACCCGGGGCCAAGGAGAACGAGCUCAUCCCGGAGACACUCCAGUCUGAACACUUCCAGCUCUGCAAGACUGUGCGCCAUGGCUUUCCCUAUCAGCCCUCCUCUAUGGCAUUCGACCCCGUCCAGAAAAUCCUUGCCAUCGGGACUCAGAGUGGAGCUUUACGAUUAUUUGGCCGACCCGGUGUGGAGUAUUACUGUCAGCACGAGAGCGGAGCAGCCGUCAUUCAGCUACAGUUUCUCAUAAAUGAAGGGGCGCUGGUUAGUGCUUUGUCUGAUGACAGUAUUCACCUGUGGAACCUGCGACAGAAGAGACCAGCUGUGCUGCACUCACUCAAGUUCAGCAAGGAGAGGAUAACGUUCUGUCAUCUGCCCUUCCAAAGUAAAUGGCUGUACAUCGGCACGGAAAGAGGAAACAUCCACCUUGUAAAUGUGGAGUCCUUUACCCUCUCAGGAUAUACCAUCAUGUGGAACAAAGCCAUUGAACUGUCCUCUAAGGCCCACCCCGGCCCAGUCGUUCACAUUAGUGACAAUCCUAUGGAUGAGGGCAAGCUCGUAAUAGGAUAUGAGUCUGGGAUCGUAGUGCUGUGGGAUUUGAAAUCAAAGAGAGCUGACUACCGGUACACUUACGACGAGGCGAUCCAUUCUGUGGCAUGGCACCACGAGGGGAAGCAGUUUAUCUGUAGUCACUCAGACGGCACACUGACCAUAUGGAAUAUAAAGUGCCCAGCCAAGCCUGCACAGACAAUCACGCCACACGGAAAGCAGCCUAAAGAUGGAAAAAAGCCAGAACCUUGCAAACCCAUUCUUAAAGUAGAGUACAAGACCACGAGAGCAGGGGAUCCAUUUAUGAUCUUCUCUGGUGGUCUGUCAUAUGACACUGUUGGUCGACGGCCAUGCUUGACAGUAAUGCAUGGAAAGAGCACGGCAGUACUGGAGAUGGAUUAUUCCAUUGUAGAUUUCCUCACCCUGUGUGAAACGCCAUAUCCUAAUGAUUUUCAGGAACCAUAUGCUAUAGUGGUCCUCCUUGAAAAGGAUUUAGUUGUUAUUGACCUUGCACAAAACGGUUACCCUAUCUUUGAAAAUCCUUAUCCCAUGAUGAUUCAUGAGUCUCCUGUGACGUGUUGUGAGUACUUAGCUGAUUGUCCUGUGGACCUCAUACCUGCACUUUACUCUGUCGGGUCUCGCCAGAAACGUCAGGGCUACAGCAAAAAGGAAUGGCCUAUCAGUGGCGGAAACUGGGGCCAGGGCACACAAAGCUACCCUGAAAUAAUAAUAACUGGGCAUGCAGAUGGUUCAGUCAAGUUCUGGGAUGCUUCAGCAAUAAUGCUCCAGGUGCUGUACAAGCUAAAGACAGCUAAGGUGUUUGAGAAGGCGCGCUGUAAGGAGGAGAAACCCAGCACAGAGAUUGUGGAUGAGGACCCGUUUGCCAUUCAGUUGAUGUCUUGGUGUCCCGAGAGCCGCAUGCUUUGUGUGGCUGGUGUCUCUGCCCAUGUCAUCAUAUACAGGUUCAGCAAACAGGAAAUCACCACAGAAGUUGUGCAGUUACUGGAGGUCAGGUUACAGUAUGAGCUGAAUGAUCUGGAGUCUCCAGAAGGGGGAGGAGAUCAGACACCAGCUCCUCCCACACCAGGCACCUCCCCUAGCCCACAAACUGCCGCUCCUCAGACACACACCUCCACUAGCAGCAACUCAUCAGAUGGGAUCCGAGACAACAUACCCUGCCUCAAGGUGCGCAGCAGUCCUCUGAAGCAGUCUGCAGGGUAUCAGGUGGAGCUGGUGGUACAGCUAGUGUGGGUCAGUGGAGAGCCGCCCCAGCAGAUCAGCAGCUUAGCCAUCAACUCCUGCUAUGGCUUGGUGGUGUUUGGCAAUAGCAAUGGUUUGGCAGUAGUGGAUUACUUACAGAAGACUGUUCUGUUGAAUCUGGGAACUUUGGAUUUGUAUGGCUCUAAUGACCCAUAUCAGAGACAACUGCGAUCUCCUCGCAAGAGCCGACAUCCUUCUGGAGGCCUUUGUGACAUUAGCGAGGGUUCAGCCACCUCAGAGGAUCACUGCAAAUCCCCCACCUCAGUCUUGAUGUCAAACCAUCAGCAAUUCUACAAUGGAGGAGGGAGAGGAGCAAAGAUGUCACGGAAAUUAAGCUUGCCUACUGAGCUAAAGCCAGACUUGGGUAAGCUCUCUGUAUGUCCCCCGCGGGGUUCCAUACCCCUAGACAACAGGGAUAACUCCUUCAGCCGCUCACGGAGCUCCAGUGUGACCAGUAUUGACAAGGAAGCACGGGAGGCCGUCACAUCUUUCCAUUUCUGUGAGACCUACAACCGCAAAGCAGAUGGCGGACUGACACCUAGUCUGUGGGUUGGCACAUCCUUGGGCACAGUCUUGGCAAUCUCCCUCAGCAUGCCCCCUGCUGGAGAGCAGAGGCUUCUGCAGCCAGUCAUUGUCUCUCCUUGUGGCACUCUUGUCAAGUUGAAGGGUAGCAUCCUCCGGAUGGCUUUCCUAGAUUCUACAGGGUCUCUCCUCCCUUCUGCUUUUGAGCCAUGGUACGAACCCAACGCCCCGGCCAAUGGAGAGGAGCGGGACAAGGUCCGUAAGAGACGACCAGUGUCUGUGUCCCCAUCCGCAUCCCAGGAACUGAAUGAAAACCAGUAUGCUGUGGUUUGCUCUGAGAAACAGGCCAAAGUCAUAUCCCUGCCCUCUCAGACCUGUGUAUUUAAACACAACAUCACCGAAACAUCUUUUGUGCUGCGGGCAGAUGUGGUACAGAUGAACGCUGGCAUUUGUGUGGCCUGCUUCUGUGCCAAUGGACACAUCAUGACCCUCAGUCUGCCGGGGUUGAGACCACUGCUGGAUGUAAAUUACCUACCCCUGACAGAUAUGCGGAUAGCGAGAACAUUCUGCUUCACCAACCUCGGCCAGGCCUUGUACUUGAUCUCCCCUACUGAGAUCCAGAGGAUCACCUACAUUCAGGAGGUCUGCGAGAACUUACAGGAGAUGCUAGGUGAGCUGUUUACUCCAGUGGAGACGCCAGAAGCUCCUAACAGAGGAUUCUUUAAGGGUCUUUUUGGAGGAGGAGCACAGUCUCUAGACAGAGAAGACCUUUUCGGCGAGUCAGGAGCCGGAAAAGCACCACGCAGUCUCGCUCAGCACAUUCCAGGUCCUGGGGGUAUAGAAGGCAUGAAGGGGGCAGCGUCAGGCAUCGUGGGUGAUCUAGCUCGAGCUCGGAUAGCGUUGGAUGAGAGAGGGCAAAAACUGAGCGAGGUGGAAGAGCGGACGGCAGCCAUGAUGGCCAGCGCUGACUCAUUCACCAAACACGCUCAUGAGAUGAUGCUAAAGUGUAAGGAUAAAAAAUGGUACCAGUUCUGAUCUCCGCAAAAAAGCAGAGCCCAAAGGGACUCAGGAGUUCUCUUACACAGCCUUGUUCAUCCAUCAUCCUUCUCCCACACCGUCUUCAUCUCUCCUCUGCUGGACCAGUGGGAUCCCUCGCUCUUUCCUAGCACAAUGUUAAAUACACUCUGCUUACAGAACUGCAGCACGGACUGAGAGCGGCUCCAAUCUGAGGAAUACCAUACCAUGAUGGCGUCUACUCUUCCGUUUUUUGUUUGUUUGUUUAAUAUUGCCAAUCCUCUCUCAUGGCGGCUGGGCUUCGAACGCCCUGAAAUUCCAUUUCUUCUCUCAGUCUUUGAAUUGUUUUCGUGCUGUUGUUUUUUUUUGCAAUCAUGUCCUGCCUCCCACAUCGGAGAGCAGUAAAUAGUAAAAAAAAAGACAGUCUUAACAAACAAAAAAAAUACAAUAACUAGACAACAAACAUCCUAAAAAUAAAAAAUUAUAUAUAAAAUAAG